AUGCAAAAACAAAAACUAGAUGAACCAGUAAUAAACUUAUCAGACAAUCAUUGUCAUUUCCACCCAGAAGCUACAAUUGAACAAACUUUGAAAUUUUCAAAUGCAUUAAAUAAUUGUAAAUAUGAAAUUCCUGAGAAAUUCUUUCAUGUAAUGACUACUCAACAUAUAGAUUUAGAAUGUAUGAAUGUACUAUUAGAGCAUUUACAAGAUAAAAAUAUUAUAGUACCUUAUUUCGGAGUACAUCCUUGGUUUAGUCAUUUAUUCUAUAUGGGAGAUGUGAAACCUAAUAAAAUUGAUCAUUAUACUCAAAUUUUAAAACCUGGUCCAAGUGAUGAACUUUUACAAUAUCUACCUGAUCCAAUGAGUAUGAAGAAACAUACUGCUAAAGUAAUGGGGCUUAUAGAGAAAUAUAACUUGAAAGUUUUUGGAAUUGGAGAGAUAGGUCUAGAUAAAUUAUUCAGAGUUCCAAAUGCUGGAUUUUUAAGUAAUCCUAAAUAUACAGACAUUAAUGAGACAGAUAAACUUUCGAAUUCAAGAGUUAAAAUUGAACAUCAAAUGUCGAUUUUCAGGUAUCAACUAGAGCUUGCUAACCAUCUAAAAAAGCAAGUAUCAAUUCAUUGUGUGAAAGCCCAUGGGAUACUAUACGAUGAAGUAAUGAAUUAUUCAGAUAUUAUAGUUGUGCUACAUUCAUAUACCGGAUCCAUUGAUCAAGCUCAAAGGUGGUUAAAAACAAAGAAGAAAAAUCUUUACUUUUCAUUAUCAAAUUGGAUAAAUGGUGAAAAACAAGAAUUAUUGGAAUUACUAGCGAAAAACGUUAAUGAUAGUCAAAUUUUAACAGAAAGUGAUAUUUACAUUGAUAGAUAUUUCAUAUAUCAUAAAGAAGAAGAAUAUUUCAAUCAUUUAAUUGGAAUUUUUACAAAAUUAAAUUCUUAUAAACCUAUAAAUUCAUUACAACUUAAAACUAAUAUGUUAAAUAGUCUUUCUAUAAUAGAAUAA